GCUAAGCGGCGAAGCCACGUGACAGGAAGAGGCCCACGGAAGGCGGAAGUCGCGUGUCUGCCAGGAGGCCGGCGGAACCCGAACCCGGCUAGAGGCUCGUGGGGCCCCGAGACCCAGAGCCGCCAAGAUGAAGGUGAAGAUGCUGAGCCGGAACCCGGACAACUAUGUCCGCGAAACCAAGCUGGACAUACAAAGAGUUCCAAGGAACUAUGAUCCAACCUUACAUCCUUUUGAAGUUCCACGAGAAUAUGUAAGAGCUUUAAAUGCUACCAAGUUGGAACGAGUGUUUGCAAAGCCAUUCCUUGCGUCCCUGGAUGGUCACCGUGAUGGAGUCAAUUGCCUGGCAAAGCAUCCGAAGAGCCUGACGACUGUCCUUUCUGGGGCAUGUGAUGGAGAGGUUAAAAUUUGGAACCUGACUAGACGAAAAUGUGUCCGAACGAUACAAGCACAUGAAGGCUUUGUGCGAGGGAUAUGCGCUCGCUUUUGUGGGACUUCCUUUUUUACUGUUGGUGAUGACAAAACUGUGAAGCAGUGGAAAAUGGAUGGGCCGGGCUGUGGAGAAGAAGAGGAGCCACUGCAGACCAUACUAGGAAAGACAGUGUACACCGGCAUUGACCAUCACUGGAAAGACCCCGUCUUCGCCACCUGUGGACAGCAAGUGGACAUUUGGGACGAACAAAGAACCAGCCCUGUGUGCUCAAUGAACUGGGGAUUUGACAGUAUAUGCAGUGUUAAAUUUAACCCCAUUGAGACAUUUAUCCUGGGAAGUUGUGCUUCUGAUAGGAAUAUAGUAUUGUAUGAUAUGCGGCAAGCCACGCCUCUGAAGAAGGUUAUCUUGGAUAUGAGAACAAAUACAAUCUGCUGGAACCCUAUGGAAGCUUUCCAUUUUACUGCAGCAAAUGAAGAUUAUAACUUGUAUACUUUUGAUAUGCGUGCCCUGGACACACCUGUUCAGGUGCACAUGGAACACGUCUCUGCAGUACUUGACGUGGACUACUCCCCCACUGGGAAAGAGUUUGUGUCUGCCAGCUUCGAUAAGUCUAUCCGAAUCUUCCCUGUGGAGAGGAGCCGGAGCAGGGAAGUGUAUCACACAAAGAGAAUGCAGCACGUUAUCUGUGUGAAGUGGACCUCUGACAGCAAGUACAUCAUGUGUGGCUCUGACGAGAUGAACAUCCGCCUCUGGAAGGCUAACGCCUCGGAGAAGCUGGGCGUGCUUUCAUCGCGAGAAAAAGCAGCGAAUGAUUAUAACCAGAAGUUAAAGGAAAAGUUUCAAUAUCAUCCGCAUGUGAAACGCAUUGCUCGCCAUCGACAUCUGCCGAAAUCCAUCUACAGCCAGAUCCAGGAGCAACGCAUCAUGAGGGAAUCCCGUCGCCGAAAGGAAAUGAAUCGUCGUAAACAUAGCAAGCCUGGAUCUGUGCCAGUUGUGUCAGAGAGGAAGAAACACGUAGUGGCAGUCGUGAAAUAAUGUUUUGUCUUCCUACCGAGCUUGAUAUAUAAUUAUUUGCUACUUCUGAUUUGGGAACUCUGUAAAUAAACGUCCUGGCUCUGGAUUAAUAGUAAA